AUGGCUAGUCCUUUGGACACUGACUCUCCAUUAUACAAGAGAGUAUCAAGAUGCAUUGCAAGUAUGAUACGCUUUCAUCGAGCCAAUGCUUCUAAAGAAGGUUUGUGUCCACAAGUCAUCAUUUCAUGUUAUCGUCUUCGACACCGAUGGUCUCCCAAAGCACUAUCAUCUGCCCAAUUACAAAAGGAAGAACUUGUCAAAAGGAUUUUGAAUCAUAUGAUUGAGGCCAACAUUCUGGUGAAGAUACCUCCAAAGAAUACGCCUUCUGGAAGAAAUUUGCCGGCAACGGUAGAGCAAAGUUAUAUUUUGAUCCCGGACUAUGAGACGGAAAGCUGUAGAUCGGGCGAGUCAUGUGAUGACCUACUGAGCUCAGGUAUAUCCGGGGCAAAUCAAGUAGUGUUUGAAACGAGCGUCGCGGCACCAAACAGUAUAACAAGUCGUGAAUUUGUCUCCAUGAGUGAAGUUGAACCAGAUGCCACGCGCUUUUUCUUCCCAACGAAUACCAAAAUUCUUGAAUCUUCCACGGCAAUACAAAGUAACAAACGGCGGCGUACAUCCAAUAACAAGGACAGUUCUCGUGGCAUAGAGCGAUCAGAUGUUGGUGAAGAGAACCAGGCCAGCUCAAGAUUGUUGGCUGCUGUUCCAUCAUCUAUUAGCCAUCGAGUAGAAUCAGGUUCGCGAAGCCUUCAGACUGUUGUUUCGAACGAGACUCAGUCAAAUGCUGAAAAGAUUGCACAGGAGGUUGCCAAUCUCCCUUGGCUUACUCAAGGUCUGCAAGAAUUGAGGGGAAAAUAUCCCGAUGAUCAAUACGAGCUUGUUUACGAGAACGAUCUACUCCAGGUCAGAUGUCACGACUGUAAAGGACGACUGUACAAGGUGCAUUAUCAAAAUUGUGAUGUUUCGAACAUUGAGUGGCAUGCGAAGUCGACUAUACAUGCCAAUAGAGUGGAAGAAAGGUUGGCUGAAGCAGGAGUUGAAGCAAGGCUCACAGAUGGCGUCAAAUACAGACGAGAAGCCCUCGAAGCUGCAAAAAGAACUGCCCCACAAAGAUUCCGAAAACCACAACCUAGACCCGUAGUUCCUAGACCUUCUGUUACCCAGCUACACUCGGCACAACAACAUCCAGGCUCUACUUGGAAUGUAUCCUUGAAUCAAGAAAUUUCACAGCAACCUCGAACCAAAAUCCAAUAUCAACCGUCUUCUACGCCAGGCCAAGUUCGACUCAGUAAUCAGCAAAGACUCGAAUCAGACAGUCCCAGCACCACACCACCUACUCCCCGACUCGUCUUCGAAGACUCUAAUCGAUAUGAGUCACCUUAUCACAGAAUAAAACAAUUAGAGUCGCGUGUCGAGGGCUUGGAACUUGAAAACAACGCUCAUGAACGUACGAUUUCUGUGUUACAAGAUAAACUGCGCACACAACAACAAGUAAAUAAUACUCACCAAUCUGUCAUCAAAGAUUUAAUCCUCCGAGUCCAAGUUUUAGAACAGAAAGGAUGA